CUCGAGAGAGCGAGCUAGCAGGCGGCAGCUUGGCUGCAGGAGCGGAGCAAUGCCUAAAUCAAAGGAACUUGUUUCUUCAAGCUCAUCUGGCAGUGAUUCUGAUAGUGAAGUUGACAAAAAGUUAAAGAGGAAAAAGCAAGUUACUCCAGAAAAACCUGUAAAGAAGCAAAAGACUGGGGAAACCUCAAGAGCACUAUCAUCUUCCAAGCAGAGCAGCAGCAGCAGAGAUGAUAACAUGUUUCAGAUUGGAAAAAUGAGGUAUGUCAGUGUUCGGGACUUUAAAGGGAAAGUCCUAAUUGACAUUAGAGAAUAUUGGAUGGAUCCAGAAGGUGAAAUGAAACCAGGAAGAAAAGGUAUUUCCUUAAAUCCCGAGCAGUGGAGCCAGCUGAAGGAACAGAUUUCUGAUAUUGAUGAUGCAGUAAGAAAACUGUAAAGUCAGAGCCAUAUAAAACCUGUACUGUUCUAGUUGUUUUAAUCUGUCUUUUUACAUUGGCUUUUGUUUUCUAAACGUUGUUUUCCAAGCUAAUGUAUAUUUGGAUUGCAGAACAAUUUGUAAGGUGAAUACUUUUUUUUUAAUGUGCAUUAUUAAAAAUGUUCUGAGUGAAGCUAAUUGUCAGCUUUAUUAAGGAGGAUUGCUUCGUGCCCACCACCUAGUGUAAAAUAAAAUCAAGUAAUACAAUCUUAAUGGUUGUGGCCUUUUUUGAUCAGAAGAGGUGAUAACUGUUUGAGGCCAAAAAGAACAGUUUAUAGACCUUUCAGUUUCAACAUUAAGAAGGAUUUGCAUAGCACUGAAUUUAUUCUUGAUUUGUGAAAAUCAAUAGUUGAUCUGUUGUCUUCCAACCAAAUGUCUAGACUUGUUUGACUUUUCCACCCCAAUGAUAUUUCACUUGCCCUUUUUUCUUCAGUUUCCCUUAUUAACUUAUCUUUUCAUGUUCAGUUUUCACUCUUUUCCUUGAAUAUGUUAUGCUAAUUUAGAAACAUCAGUGAAACUGUCAGAAUGUUAGUUAUCUUAGUAAAGCACUUGUAAUUAAAAUAUUAUAUGGGAACUACAAUCACUAAUUUUACUGUAUUAAAUAUUAGGAGAUAUAGUUUGAUUAACAAUAUGGCUUGUAUGAAAACUGAGCAAGUGUAUAGUGUUCUGUGUAGUUGUUACCUUAUUGUUUAGUCUGCAGAAAAUAAUGGCUUAGAUGUCUGAUUUGCUUUCACUUACUAAAUAUGUUCACCAUGGGAUGAUGUCUAUAAAAUCAGAUAUUGUUAAAUUAGACUAGGAUUUAAUAAAAAUUGUGAAAGCUUUA